AUGAGUUCUUCAGUGUCUAAUCACAUGUUAGAGGAUAAUAUACCCUCUGCGAAUGAUGAUGAAUUUUCGGGAUAUGAGGAGCCACUUGAAUCUGAAAGAUCGCCUGCGUGUAAAUCAAAAAAGCAAAAAAAACACGAUAAUCCUAGUAUUGUAUGGGAUCAUUUCGAGGUUGAGACAACAGAAAAUAGCAAUUUUACUCAUCGAAUUGAUAAAGACCAUUCUGAGGGAACCAACACUAAUGACUCAAUCAUCAAGGCUAUACAUAUCAUUACAAAGCGGAGACAGGAAAAGAUAGCGCAAUUAUUGGUCGAAUUUAUAAUCGAAGAUUGUCAACCUUUUCAUAUUUUACAAAGUAAAGCUUUUUGUCGACUCUUAAACUAUAUGGAAGCUGGAUUUCAAAUUCCUUGUGAAAAAACU